AUGCCUGCGAUGGAAGUUGGGGCGCCCACAGCGAAUGCAGCGGCGGCUACCUCCCGUGUGCACGCGGAGCUCCCUGGACAUGUUAAGGAGUUACUUGGAGCUUCUGCCAGUCUAAAUAUCCCUCUGGAGCUCAAGAUCCUGAGCGGCCUGGUGGUGCUCUUCCUCUUCUUGCUGUUCCUCAUCAUGGUGCUCUGGGACCGCUACGGCAAGGAAAUCGGGGAGCUCUACACGUCGCCCAUGGGUACCACGGCUCAAGGGCAAAACAGCAGUGACGUCAAAGUGCACGACGUCGCGGACGAGUUUUCCAUCUACCAGAAGCUGCCUACUUUUUUCUACGAGUACAUGCCCAGACGGAAAAAACGAGACUAA